CAGCUGUAACCUGCUGCGGCUCCUAAGGUUACCUGGAAAGGUUUUGUUUUGUUUUGUUUUUUAUUUUGGUUUGUCUGUUCUGUUUUCCGUUUGCGCGGGGCUGAGAAGCUGAGCAGCAUUUGGCGAUGAGUCCUCAGGCUCUGCAAAACUUGCGGGAGGUGAUGAAGUUUCUCGCGGAGACGCGUGGCUUUGAUAGAGUUAUAGAAAAGGUUAAUAUUCUUUCUACAAGUCCUGGAAAGGUGGUUUGUGAAAUGAAAGUUGGAGAAGAACAUACCAAUAGGAUGGGCACUCUACAUGGUGGUUUAACAGCAACUCUGGUAGAUGUUGUAUCUACAGUUGCUUUGAUGAAUACAGAAAGUGGAAAACCUGGAGUCAGCGUGGACAUGAAUAUAACAUAUUUGUCCCCAGCUAAAAUAGGAGAAGAAAUCUUGAUUGCUGCUCACAUUCUGAAGCAAGGAAAAACUCUUGCCUUUGCAAGUGUGGACCUGACAAACAAGACCACCGGAAAGUUGGUAGCACAAGGCAGACACACGAAACACCUAGGAAGCUAAAAAUAUCUUUUCUUUAAAGCUGUUUUUCAAAAAGCAGCUGGUCAUAAUUUCAUUGUAUUUGUUUGAAUAAGUAACCUAUUUGUAAAAGUUUAACUUUGAAAAUAAAUGAUUUUAGUUGUGAAAUUCUGUGAAAGCUAUUCAAAAAGCAAAAAUUAUCUAAAACUGAAGCAGAAUAUCCAGCUGACAACUGUGGUGGAGUACUAAAAUGGAACUUAGUUUUGGACAAAUGUAUGCAGGGAAUGAUCCCUUUCAGUUAUAGAACUAAUCAACCUUACACGACUCAAAAAGUACAAAUUACUUUAGUGGAAAGGUGAAAAUUGCAAAUGUUCAGGGUCUAGGAUACCAUUUUUAAAACUUCAUUAUCAAGGGCACCAAGUCAAAAAUCUAGAUUGUAAUAAAAUAUAGAUUAUUAAUAAAACGCUCAUUUCCCUCAACAUAUAUACAGCAAAGUAGAUUUUGGGAUUUUAUCCCCAUCUACUGUUAAAGGAAAUGAAAUUACCUGUCAUUGUAACAGAAAAAUUCAAAAAUUUCAUUCCUAAAAUAACUUAAAUCUUGUUAAAAAUCUUAGGUAAAUGUGGCUAUUGGAGCUUCCACUUAAAUUCAUUAACUGAUGACAAAGGAGUCAUGUGGAAUCAAUACUUUGAGGCUCUAAACAUAAGCCUUUAAAACAAGAUUUGAGUAGCUUUCCUAUUUUAGAAGAAAAAGCAACUAUUUGAAUAUAUAGUUUAAUUAUCAUUUUCAUUUUACUUUAAACAUGAAAUACUGUAACAUCUAAAAUGAAAUGUUUUAAGAUUGACGGUUAAAAAAAGUGAGGUAAUAAAGUAAUGGGCAAUAAGGCCAGCAUUACAAUUUUCUCAAGUUGAUGUUUUAACCACAUGCCAGAAAGGGAAGGUGACACCAAAUUUAAGAGGAUAAGAGGUUUGGCCUUGGAUUUAGGAAAAUACUAAUUCAAAUCCUGUUUCAUAUGCUAAAUGUGUGAUCCUAAAACAAAUAAUUUAAACUAACCAGCCUACUCAUCUGUAAGAUGAUAAUAAAUAGCACCUACACCUCAA